AUGGGUUGGUCGUGGCCGGAGAUCAAGCACAGGCUUCAGUGCCCCGUUGACGAAGACGCUCAAUAUGAGAAUACCACUUGGUGUAACCGUGAUCUAAUUCCCAUCCCACCAGCCCGCCGAACAUAUGGCGUUUGGUCUUACUUCGGGUACUGGACCGUGUCAGGGUCCUGUAUCUCCGCUUGGUCGACCGGAAGUACACUACUGGCAUUUGGACUAAGCCCGCAGCAGGCCAUUGGUGUUGUGGUGGUUGGGGGCAUUCUUGCUGGCCUCCUUGCAGUUGCCUGCGGGUGGAUGGGCGAAAACCACCACAUCGGGUUUACCGUGUCGAGCCGAUUUUCCUGGGGAAUGCGAGGAUCAUAUUUUCCGGUCAUUCUACGGUCCUUUGUCUCUUGCAUGUGGUUUGGCAUGCAGGCAUUCUGGGGCGGUCAAGCCACGAGAGUCAUGAUCGGUGCUAUCAUUCCUGGUUUCGCUCAUAUGCCAAAUUACUUUUCUGCCAGCUCACAUCUUCAAACCAAAGACUUUAUUGGGCUUCUGAUAUGGAUGGGUGCUUUUAUCCCUGGGCUGCUGAUCCGCCCUGAGAAACUACAAAUUCCAUUUGUGGUCUGUUUCACCUUUUUUUGUGGAUCGUGCUUUGGAUUAUUGAUAUGGGGGGUAUCUCAAGCCCACGGACCGGGAAGUAUGUUCCAUGAGCCUGCAAGCACACCAAACGUCGGAUGGGCUUUCAUGUUCGGUAUAACAGCCAUUCUCGGAUCCUGGGGAUCCGGCACCCUUGGUCAAUCAGAUUGGACUCGCUAUGCCAAUCGAAGAUUUGCCCCAACGCUAUCGCAGCUGAUUGCCUCUCCAAUAACCAUUGCAGUGACUGCUACGAUUGGUAUCAUUGUCACCAGUACUUCUCGCGAUAUCAUGGGUGGUGAUAUUGAAUGGAACCCAAUCUAUCUGUUGGCUGAUAUCCAGGACUUUUAUCAUUCGAGUCCCGGUGUGCGCGCAGCGGUGUUUUUUGCCAGUAUCGGCCUGGUGUUCUCGCAGUUCUCGAUCUCGGUUGUACUCAACUCAGUAUCCUGUGGUAUGGACAUGGCUGGUCUGUGGCCUAAAUACAUCAACAUCCGGCGAGGCGGAUACAUAAUGGCUUGUAUCGGCAUUGCAACUCAGCCAUGGCAACUAAUCUCAACAGCAAACAAGUUUCUGUCGGUACUGAGUGGAUUUGGUGUCUUCAUGGCCCCAGCAACGGGAAUUAUGCUGGCAGAUUAUCAUCUAGUCAGACGCUACAAGCUGAAGCUUGGGGACCUUUAUACUGGUGACAGCUCUUCUAUCUAUUGGUUCUCAGGCGGAGUAAAUUGGAGGGCAUUUGUUGCCUUUUUCGCGGGAAUGUGGUCACUUCUGCCUGGGAUGGUUGGCACCGUUAAUUCCUACUCCGGAGGUCAAUGGACAGGUUGGGUUCGUCUGUACAACUUGACGUUCUUAGUCGGACUUGCAAUGAGCUUCCUCAUUUUCUGGGUGCUGAACUAUCUCUUCCCUCCCACUGGAUUGGGGCAAGAGAGCCCCUUCAUGGAGGAGGAAGGGGUUAUAUAUGGGGUAGCUAAGACGAGUGGAGAGAACGACACUCUGUCCAGUGAUGAGGAGAAAAAGGUACCGAUCGCUAGUGUGGUUUAA